CUUCCUGGAAGUGGGCGGGGCUAAUAUCUCCCUCGACUGAUUGGGUUGGCCCUCGGGUAUCCAUGGCAACCUGCUUCCAGGAAAAAAGGCGCCUGGGAGGGGAGACUAGGCCGCGAUUUCCCCUCAAGGCCCCGGUUGGGCCUAGCCAGGCGGGACGGACGAGGAAGGGGCUCGCGGUCGGCGGCAGCGAUUCAACCGUCCAGGGCAACAAAAUAUUUGGGGACGCAAUCAAAGAAGCAGACCUUGAUUGUGAAUUUAAUAUAAAUAUAUCCAUUUUACUACGCCAUUUAUACUGAUGGACUUGAGCACCUCGAGCCAUGAGGAGAGACCGCUGCCAAGGCGGAGCUGGAGAGCACAUGGCCCUCCCCCAGCAGCUGCUCCUUGACCGCAACUCCCAUCAUCCCUAGCCAGGUGUGGCAACACCUGGGGAGCCCUGCGUCCCUCUCCCUGCUCCCUGUGCCAAGAGAAGGUGUUCAUUCCCAGCACUGAAGGCUGGGCAGGAUGUUCCAGGUGCCGGUGCCCUUGGACCGGGACCGGGACCGGGCCCUCUUCCGGCUCCGCUUCACCGCAUUGGCGGUGGGCACCGUCUGCUGCCCACUCUUCGGCUUCCUCUUCUGCGUGAUCUGGUCCCUCUUCUUCCACUUCCAGGAAGCCACCUCCACCCACUGCAAGGUCCCCAACUACCUGCCCUCCAUCAGCGCAGCGAUUGGCGGCGACACCCCCGAGCGCUACGUCUGGCGCUUCUGCAUCGGCCUCCACUCGGGGCCCCGCUUCCUGGUGGCCGUGGUCUACUGGAACUACUAUGGGAGCUGCCACUGCACCCACCGCUGGUACCACUGCCUCUGCAACGCGGCCUUCACCCUCAACCUGAUGGAGAACGUGGCCCUCCUCCUCCUCACCUACGUCUCCUCCUCUGAGAACUACUUCAUCCACCAGAGCGCCUUCAUCCUCUUCAUCGCCUCGGCCCUCAGCCACAUGUUCCUGACCUGCGUGUUGUGGCGGAUGACCAAGAAGCACACCAUCAGUCCAGAGGAGCGCAGGUCCUACAAGUGGAAAUGGUGGCUGUUCCUCUUCAACCUCUUCACGUUCUCCGUGGCCGCCUGCUUCUACUUCCGCCACAACUGGUACUGCGAGGCCGGAGUGUACACCAUCUUUGCCUUCCUGGAGUACCUGGUGGUACUCUCCAACAUGGCCUUCCACUUGACCGCCUGGUGGGACUUUGGCAGCAAGGAGCUGGUGGUCAGCUCCCAGCCGGAGGAGAAGCGCUUCUAGCAGAGACCUUCCCUCGGGCCUUCGCUCCCCUCCCACCUUCUCCUCAUGGCUGGACGUCCUUCAGGUCCCUCGUGAGGAGGCCUCGCCUAUGUGGAGUUGGGGAGACCCCAAAGGCCAUCCAGUCCAGCCCCCUUCUGCUGGUUCAAGCCUUACCCAGGUGGUCCUGGUGCCAGAGGUGAACUAUGUGGUGAAAUGGACCUCGGACUGACUUCUGCCCAGAGAAACGGGACACUCGUUGUGAUGACGACCCAAGCGCACAUCCCGCUGCCAAGCCAAGGCCAGAGGAGGGUGGAAAGAAGGCCGCCACGUCUCCCACCACGUCCCUCAAAGGCGUAAGUGGCUUCAAGGCAGUGCUGCACCUCCAAGAAUCAUGUCAUUGACAGUGCACAGCUGUGAAGGUAAACCUGAGUGGGAAAGGUGUCAAAAAUUUCCUUCC